CGAGCAGAGACGCUGCUGGAUGGCAGGGGCAACCCGGAGCUCCCCGGUGUCACACGGGAUUAACCAGCCAGGCUAAGGCUGCACAGUGAUGAUGGUGGGGAAGCUGUUUCUCCCUGGAUCUCUCUCCUCCUUGUUUUUUGCCGUUGCCUGCUGGGCUCAUGAUCUCCCGCUGAGCCAGGCCCCCAGUGGGGCUAGCCCCCACUGCGAAAAGGAGGUUGAGUCCUGGGGAGCCAUAUUCAGCGAGGAACGCCUGGAUGCCUGGGUCUGUUCUCUGAUUGGUUCGGUCAUGGUUGGGCUGAGCGGGGUGCUUCCCCUGCUGAUCAUUCCUCUGGAGACGGGAGCAGCUCUGAAGUCGGAAGAGGGAUCCCAUCGAAUGAAGCAGCUGUUGAGCUUUGCUAUUGGGGGGCUCCUGGGAAAUGUGUUUCUGCACCUGCUCCCUGAGGCCUGGGCCUACACCUGCAGCGCCACCACAGGAAGAGGGCAGAGCUUCCAGCAGCAGAAGCUUCUGGGGCUGUGGGUGAUCAUUGGCUUGCUGACCUUCCUGAGCCUACAAAAGAUGUUCCCAGAUAGUGAGAAGCAAGGGAGCUCCAGCUUGGUCGGCGAUUCCAAAGCACCUGCCGAAAGGAUUCCCAAUGGGAGGAACAUGCAGGAGGCAACCAGUCCAGUCCAAAGAAAAAGGUUGAGCGCAGCUCAGUGUAAUGGCUCUUCUCAUUCCCCUCUGCCAUCGGCCCGGAAAAUCAAGAUCAGCGGCUACCUCAAUCUUUUAGCCAACACAAUCGAUAAUUUCACACACGGCCUAGCAGUGGCAGCCAGCUUCCUGGUUAGCAGAAAGGUUGGGCUGCUGACCACCGUGGCGAUCCUUCUGCAUGAAAUACCCCAUGAGAUGGGAGAUUUUGUCAUCCUCCUCCGGGCUGGGUUUGAUCGCUGGAGCGCCGCCAAGAUGCAACUCUCUACAGCCCUUGGGGGAAUUCUAGGCGCUUGCUUUGCCAUUUGUGCCCAGUCACCUAAAGGGACAGGGGAAACCAUAGCCUGGAUUCUCCCAUUUACCUCUGGGGGAUUCUUAUACAUCGCCUUGGUGAAUGUCGUGCCUGAUCUCUUAGAGGAGAAGAAUCCUUGGAACUCUGUGCAACAAGUCCUCCUCCUGUGUACUGGCAUCAUUGUCAUGGUGCUCCUCUCACUCACUCCGGAAUGAGUGACGCCUGCUCAGGCCUCCUGCUGCUGCUUCCCAAAGCUGCCUUCAUUCUGAACUGUUACAAAGCAAUAAGGGACACCCUUGGAUUUGUCUUCGUUGUGUGCCUGUGGACCUGGCUGUUACCAUGAGAGGCGAAGAGAGGAAGCCUGGGGUUUUUUUUGGGGGGGGGGGGCGUGAAUGCUGGACUCCUUUUCUUGUUUUUCAAGUGUCACAAACCAGGACUGCCAAAGUGUUGAGAAAAGGAAGUGAGUAGCGUUGUGUGUGUUUUUAGGGUUGAGUGUGUGUGUGUUUUUAAAAAAAUUAUUAUUUAAACAAGAAGUUGCAAUGAAGAGAGGAACGGCUUUUGGUGGUAUGGACAGUGAUGCUGACUGGACUUGGGCGGGGGUGUCUGUGCCAGAAUUGCUGGGGCAAAUCUCCAAAUUUGAGGAAAAGGCAAGAUGGCAGCAGCUGCACAGAGAUGAAAGAGGGAUCUUCCAUCGCAGGCUCAAAGGCGUAGGAAGAAGUGUUCUGAAACAGAUACCUUUUCCAUGUUUGUUUUGGGAGCAACCUAGGAAGCUGCCUUUUACCUGGACAGGCUGAAUUUGUCCAUCUAGCCAGUAUUGUUUAUUUGGACUGGCUGUGACUCUUCAGGCCUGCUGGUACAGAGGGAUCUUUCCCCUCUCUGCACCCAGAGACCCUUUUUCUAAAUGGAGACAGCAGGGAAUGGACCUGGGACCUUCUGCAGGCAACGUCUGUGUGCUGCCGCUGAGUUUGGCUUCCUCCCCGUAGCUUUCCAGGUCUUCUGGGAGAAGGUCAUCUCCUGCUUGAUCCUUUCCCUCUUCCCAAGCUGGUAACUUGAAGAUCACUUUGGACUGAGCUGGUCCUUCGCUGGGCUCCUUUCGCACAUAUGCAUUAUAUUGAAAUCGGAAUUCACAUGGGAAACUUUCUCCUUCCUCCACCUUGGGCCCCCAAGGUUGGUCAGGCUACUACUUUCAUCAUCCCCAGCCAGCUGGGCCAGUAGUCAGAAAUGAUGGGGGUUGUAGUCCAGCAACAUCUAGGGGCCCAAGAUACCCCCGAGAGAGAUCAUCAUACCCUACUUCCAUCCACAGCAGUGGCACAACUUAAAUUGGGAAGGGUUUCUGAUCUUUCCUGGCCAUAGGGCAGCUUGAAAGCAGCAGGUUCAACCCCUGAGACACGGGUGGGGAACGUGGGGCCUUCCCAAUAUUGUUGGACUGCAACUCCCAUCUGCCCUGGCCAGCAUAGCCAGCAGUGAGGGAGGGCGCAAAGCCACAACAGCUGGAGGGCCACAUGCUCCCCUUCCCUACAGUAACAUAUUUAGCUUUCCUUUGGGCUCACUUGGUAGCUACUUGAGGAAUGAACUGGGCCUGCCUUCUGCCAUGGUGGAUAAGAGAAAACCAGUCAGUGGGGAAGGUACAGCGGAGCAUACAGAGGCAAUAUGAGGGGGGAAAGGUAUGCUCAACGCUUUGCUAGGAAAUUUGGGGGAGAAGAGCAGAAGAGGGGUCAGAAACGUAGGCAGGGAUGGGCAACUUGCGGCACUCCAGGUAUUUGCCCUACAACUCCCAUCAGCCCUUGCCAGUAUAGCAAAUGGUGAGGGAUGCUGUGAGUUGUAGGCUGGAAGAUCUGGAGGGCCACAAGUUGCCCAGCCCCAACAGUGGGAAAGGAGAAGAAACUAUGAACUCUGCGUGGACAUGGAAGCCUCACCUGAACGAAAGGAAGUGUGGCUCAGGGGUGAAGGAACCGGCCCCUCCUUAUGCUGGUUUCUAGGAAUUUGGCACACUUUCAAGCCAUUCUCUUAAGAGCUGCAAAAAGAAAAAAAAAAGGGGGGGGAGUGCGAUUCUGUAUCCAUUUCUUGUAGUUAUAUGUUGCCGAAUGGCACUGUGUAAAUCCAGAGCUCUGAUAGUUAGUGGGCCUCUGAUAGGGAGUCUCCUUGGAAUAUCUUUGGCAAACCAGUAUAUUUGUAUUAAAAAUCAGGGCUGUCACUGGGUUAGAGUGUCCUCUGCCUCUCGACCGCCAUCUUUUCAAGUGGUUCUGGGAGCGGAUGAGACGAAUGGCAACAGGUCCUAGCACUGAAAGUGGCAGAGUUUCAGCCUGCUGCUAUUCCUUUAGCCUGGCACAGCAAAAAGAAACGCAGGGCAAGGUAGCUUCAGGCAAUGCCGCUGCCUGCAUUAUCCCCGUGCAGUGGGCCCUGGCAUUUUGCCCCAGCAUUGCAGGGUAAAUGUUUUUUUUUAAAAAUAGUCCUAAACAGUCCCUGACUGUGGAGCUGGCCAGCCUCUGCUGUGUGCACGUUCCCUCGGUGCGUGAAACACCUUUUCCUUCCUGACUUGCACCAGUUGCCUGAGCAGCCUCAUCCUUUGAAUUGACUUGAACGGUCUUGGAAUGGGCAAUGGCACGCACCAGCCUUUCCCAGCCUGGUACUUUCAGGUGCCCCAUUUCCCUUUAAAAACAUUCCUGGGGAGGCUCCUGCUGCCCAGUGUAGAUCCAUCCUUAAUUAAACUUGAGGGAGGCUGACCCCAUUUAUGUGUGUUGCUGUGGCAGGUCUGUCUAUGACAAAGUUUGAGAACACCUGCUUGAGAAUGUUUCAAGAAGAGGCCAGGAAGGUUCAGGCUGUAAUAAGCUCCUGGGUUCCCCGCCCCCAUGUAUGACACACCUUUAAUUCCCAGAGACUGCCAUCCUCAGAUCCUUUGUUCGAGGAAUUCCAAUGACGCCUGUGUAGGGCUCUGUGAAUUCAGUGCCUGAGACAAUUGUGUAUUAGCUCUGCUCCAUUGCACAAAGAUCCCAUAGGUCAGCCCCGUGUGCAAUGCGCUGAACGUGCAUCUGAUGUGCUGGCAGUUUGUGGAAUGUAAACUGGGCAGAACCAUAAAUGAGACAAGCACUUAGCUGCAGUCUGCAUGAGCAACAUCCAGUGUUGGGUCACCAUCUCUGCUUAAGGAGGGAUGGAGAGCCACUUACACAGCAGAUUUCUGUUGCAUUACAGUGGGAACAGGGCCUUAAAUCUGUGGGAAUGAAGACGUUGUGAAUUUGGUUUGGUUUGGUGACUUCAGUUGAAGUAUGCUUGCCUGUAGCAGCCAUUCAGAGGAAAGUUUUGAUCACCUCUCCUACAACGCAGCAAUGAGUGCAGCUAGUCUGGCUCGUUGACUCUGAUCAUGAUGUAUGCUCCUUCUCUGUCCCUCCCUCCCCCUUCUCUCUCUUUGCCCUUGGAAAGUUGCCUUUCCCUAACAGCUGUUCUCAGCUGUUAGGCCUCCAGCUUCAGAAAUGGAUUGCUCCCAAAAAGACACCCUUCCUCUCUCUGGGAUCCGGUGUGGUUAAUCAUUAUUAGGCACUUAGUGACACUCCAAAACUCCACUCCAUCACUGUCGGUCUCACUCCUGCGUGGACAGGCUUGCUAGCAAACCUCCUUGGAGGUGGUAAAAGAGCCAUGUAGGACACCGUAUCUGAUACUUUCCGAGACUAUUUGUUGCCCUGGUUGGCAUUGGUAAGAGCUUUGGUGCACUCCCAGGACAAGUACACAGAAGCUCAUGUUAUUUGCAUCAGAGUUGGGUCUGGCGUAGGCUACAAGCUACAGCAGGAAUUCACUGCUCACUGUUCAGGAAUGCAAAGUGGGUGACAUUGACUCAUUAAUCUGUGAGUUGUUGACGUUGGCUUGCAGCCCAGGCUGCCUGGACGGAGUUUACAGAUCUUGGGAAGCUUCACCUAAAGGGGCCGUUCAAGGGAGGAGGCCUCUGCUGCAUUUGGCAACGGCCUCACAGUGUUACACAUAGGACCUGGUGGGGAGUGUGGUUAAUAUCUCCACUGUAUUCGUCACUUUAGGAAAUGCAGAGAGAAUCCUAUUUUUCUAGCUUUAUUUUGCACUAGCUCUUGUGCAUUCUCAUUCAUCUGUAUUGAUCUACUUUGCAUGGAGGCAAUAGAGAUGACAUUAAAA